AUGAGCAAUUACACCUUACUGAAUGAGUUCAUUCUCUUGGGAAUACCUCAGACAGAAGGACUGGAGACUCUGCUCUUGGUCGUCUUCUCACUCAUCUACCUCUUCACCCUGCUUGGAAAUCUACUCAUCCUGACAGCAAUCAUUUCUUCCUCUGCUCUUCACACCCCCAUGUACUUCUUCUUGGGACUCCUGUCCAUUUUUGACAUAUUAUUCCCAUCAGUCACCUGUCCCAAGAUGCUCUUCUACCUCUCUGGCCAGAGCAGAGCCAUCUUGUAUGCAGGAUGUGCAGCACAGCUCUUCUUCUACCACUUUCUGGGCUGUACCGAAGGCUGCCUCUACUCUGUCAUGGCUUAUGACCGCUUUGUUGCCAUCUGCCAUCCACUGAGGUACAUGCUCAUCAUGAAACCUGGAGUCUGUGUUGGCUUGGUCUUGGUGGCCUGGUUUGUUGGGAGCAUCCAAGCCACCAUCUUGACCUUCUUUACCUUUCAGGUAACCUACUGUGGUCCCAAUCAGGUGGGACACUUCUUCUGUGACAUUCCUGCCAUUUUACCUCUUGCAUGUACUGAUAGUUCCACGGCUCAGAGGGUAGGUUCCACUAAUGUGGGCUUUCUGGCGUUAAUGCUUCUACUCAGUGUUUGUGUCUCCUACACACGCAUUGGUAUUGCCAUUUUGAGAAUCCGUUCAGCAGAAGGAAGGCGGAAAGCUUUCUCCACUUGCAGUGCCCACCUCACUGCAAUCCUCUGUGCCUAUGGACCUGUCAUCAUCAUCUAUCUGCAGCGCACACCCAACCCUUUGCUUAAUGCCGUGGUGCAAAUAUUAAACAACAUAGUUUCACCCAUGCUGAACUCGUUAAUCUAUUCCUUGAGGAACAAGGAAGUGAAAAGUUCCUUGAAAAGGAUUUUGUAUGGUAAUGUGCCUGAAACUGCAGAAGGAAACUAUGUAAUAUUAUGUAUAAAUCAUUUGAGAUAA